CUCCUCCUUCACCUCUCUGUAGGAAGAAGGAGUACCUGUGUGUCUGACCAUUGCUGCUGGAUACAGUUUAAUUCUGGAUCUGUUCUCCUCCAAUAAUGACUGGGAACCGCCGAGUUGCCCCCGCUGCACCGGGCACCCCCACUCCACCAACCCACUUGCCAAAUGUGACAACAACCCCCGCCCAUUCUGGAGGCCACAGUCCCAACAAGUUCAUGAGUGAACUGCACAGCGUCCACAUGCCAUCAUGGGCAGUUGCUGCCCUUUGCAUCGUAAGUUUGUGCGUUGUGUUGUCAUGUGCGGUGUGUGUGUGGAAGAAGUGCUUGAAAAAGAAGGACAAGGACAAAGAAAAGGACAAGAAAAAGGGAAAAGAGAAGAGCAACGGAGGCUUUGACACCGAAAUGGAUGGAGGUUACAGCGAGCCGCUGAAAGACGAAGGUAACAAAGAAACCGAGCUGUCAGAUAAUGAGCCCAAGGAGGAGGAGAAGCUGGGCAGGCUCCAUUUCACAUUAGACUACAACUUCACAGAUAACACGCUGAUAGUCGGCAUCUUGCAGGCUGCUGAACUUCCUGCUAUGGAUGUGGGAGGUAGUUCUGACCCUUAUGUAAAAGUAUUUUUGCUCCCAGACAAAAAGAAAAAGUUUGAAACCAAAGUACACAGGAAGACCCUUGAACCGAACUUCAAUGAGACUUUUACAUUUAAGGUACCGUACACGGAGCUGGGCGGGAAAACACUGAUGAUGACUGUGUACGAUUUCGACCGUUUCUCAAAACACGACGCCAUUGGAGCUGUGAAGAUACUGAUGAGCAGUGUGGACUUCAGCCAGUCUCUGCAGGAGUGGAGGGAUCUGCAGAAGGCAGAGAAGGAGGAGAGUGAGCGACUUGGAGACAUAUGUUUGUCCUUGAGGUAUGUGCCUACUGCAGGGAAGCUUACGGUGGUGAUUUUGGAGGCCAAAAACCUGAAGAAAAUGGAUGUGGGUGGAUUAUCAGACCCAUACGCAAAGAUCCACUUAAUGCAGAAUGGAAAAAGACUCAAGAAAAAGAAAACAACGAUAAAGAAGCACACCUUAAACCCUUACUUUAAUGAGUCUUUUAGCUUUGAAGUGACAUCCGAACAGAUGGAGAAGGUGCAGAUAGCAGUGACUGUGUUGGACUAUGAUAAGAUUGGGAAGAAUGACGCCAUCGGCAAGGUGCUGCUGGGCAAUAACAGCACAGGAACUGAGCAACGCCACUGGGAAGACAUGGUGGCAAAUCCUCGGAGGCCAAUAGCACAAUGGCAUGGUCUCAAACCAGAGGAUGAAGUCAAUGCUCUCAUUUCAAACAAAAAAUGAAACAGUCACCCUCAUGUGUUUUGACCUUGCAGCAUUUAACUACAUUAAUUCCAAUUGAUAUUCCUCCCUUAUUCCAAUAAAAACCCUUUAAGAUGAAUUUAACUAUGUAAAUCUACCCCUUAAUAUCCUCCCAUGACCCUAUCUA